GUCCUGCUUUCAUAACAAUAACAAAGCACCAUGAAAGCUCGUGUACAAAAGAACUGCAAGAUAAAAAUCUAUUUUUAGUGACUCAACCUCAAGAAUACGGAAGCGAUGUAUCUUUAAGGGCGCUGUAGCCAUUUCGUUUCCAUUUCGUCAACAUGAGAUUCCACAUCUAGUCCGAGGAAAAGCUGUGAACCCGCACCUGCCCCAUCGCAAAGCAAAACAAAACCCGCCCCCCCCUCCACACACACACAAUGGCUGCCACCGAGCUGGUGUCCAUUUACUGUGACCUGAGCGAGGAAGGCAAGCUGUCGAUAGUGCACCCGGAAGGGUACGAGCCAGCCUGCGGCGUCAAACUGCGCGUCCUUGGCGAAACGCACAUCCUGCUCGACGCGAACGGGGUGCUGCUGCAGGGGGUGCACCGCGCCACGGACAAAACCGUCGAGCUGCGCUGCCUCGAGCGGGACGUGACCGACUUCGACACCGAGGGAAAUUGGAUAUUCUGCAUCAAGGCGGACAGCGGCACGGUGCAUCGCAGCCGGAACGGGUCGCUCGACGAGUGGACGCACCUGUUCCCCGAUCGCGAUGGGUUCGCGCGGGUGUGCUGCAACAACAACGGCAUCCUGCUGCUCGCAGGCGACGGCCGGCUGUACGUGCAGGGCGAUUUCGGAACCGUGUUCAACUGCGACCAGCUGACGGAGGUGCACGAGGUGAGGCAGGACUGCGUGCAGCAGCUGGCGGCGGGUAUCGAUUUCGCUAUCGUGUCGCUGCAAAGACGCACCAAGGUGUACAGUUCCAUCAAGAAGGAUAUAUUGUUCGAUCAGAGUGCACUGGAUGAGAAAAACUUUGCCGUGUACGGCGAUUGGCGCAACCUGUUCGAGCAUUUCAACAUUCAGCCGUACCGGCGCCGGGAUUCGUACGAAAUCUCCGCCACGCUGGAGGAGCUGUCGAUCUACGGCCACAUGCUGCACCAGACGGGUGUCGCUAGCUUCGGCAAGGUGAACAAAGGACAACUGGGUACGGGCGAUCACAUAAGGCGCGAUAAGAUUCAUCAGCUGAACGUAAACAACGUGGCAAAAAUUGCCUCCGGUUGUGACUACUCCUCCGCCCUCACCAUCGACGGUCAGCUGUUCUUCUGGGGCGACAUGAACAAAAACCAAGCCAUCAGCUGGAAGCUGGGCAAUGCGGGCAACACCAGCACGCCGACCGUGUGCAACCGCUUCAAGCACGUGCUGGACGUGUGCAGUGGCAACUUUCAAACCUACGUGCUAACGAACGAUCUCAAGCUGUACGAUAUUAAAGCUUCCUCCGAGGAGGCGUGGCUCAGCUACAAAGUGGCGGGUCCGGAGCUGCACCGAGGCCGCGAACCCGGCGAACACAUUCCGUUCCUGCUGGCGAGCGACAGUUUGCUGCUGGUCAACCAUCUGCCCGUCCGGCAGGAUGUGCUGAAGCUGUACAGCAAAGAGCAGGCGACACUGCAAGCGCUUUUAAAGCACGUCAAAGAGAUAAACGCAAAAAACGGUACGAAACCCCGAGGCACGGUAGUACAGGGGGAUGCGACCGUGUCGGCAAAGUAUUACUACCGGCUGUGCACUACACUGUUUUAUCUGCUGCUGCUCAGAAUGCAGUCCUUCCGCACAUUCCUGGUCAGUCAGGACACGAGCCGGCUGGUGUCGAUCGUCCUGCACGACGAGAUCUAUCUGCUGUACCAACGGCUCCUGCAGUGCUUUUGCGACAACGAGUGUCUCAGCCUAAUGACGGGCACGGAUCGGGAGAUUUUGCAAAUUUACCUCGACAACGUGCAGGUGCAGAUCGAUCUGGCGGAGCUGCUGAUCACAAACGAGGCGGAGAAAACGCUCGACGAAGCGACGGAAGCGGCCCUCCUUUCGAUCAAAUCCGAAUGGCUGCGGUUCCUGAACGAGGAGGUGAGCGAAAAGACGGGCAACGUGACGAAGCAAACCAAAGACUUCUGGCAGCGGGAAGAGAACGCCAAGUGGUUGCCGUUGCGCGACCCUCAGCGGCGCAUCAUACUCGACUCGAGCGACGUUCCGCUCAAGCUGCUGGACGUGAACAUAUUCUCCUCCUCGCCGCGUUUCGUGCUGUUUAGCGACGUGUUCUGCUAUCUGUCCGGCGUGCAGGUAGUGCAGUACCCGCUCAACCUGGUCUGGAUCACGACGGAGGUGAGCGAAUUGCACCGCAGCCGGUACAAGGAGAAGCACCGGUUCAUGAUCACGAUCGUGACGCCGGAGGAGACGCUCCGCUGCCACACGCUCAACGUGGCCGACAAGAUGCGCUGGCUGGGCGUGCUGAAGGCGCAGGUGUUGCAGUGCCUGGACAAGCAGGCGCACGACAAGCAGCCGCUCUAUCGGUGCGCGAAGUACACGUACAGCGAUCGGUACGAGCGGCUCGCCGGCGCACGGUACGAGGGCAUGUGGAUGAUCGGGCAGAUGGAUGGCAUCGGCACGCUGGCCAGUGCCGAUCGGUCGUACAGUGGGGAGUUCUAUCACGGCAGCAUUACGGGCUACGGGUGCAUGAACCGUACCGUGUUCGGAAUCUCGACCAUUUAUGAAGGUGAAUUCGUGAACGGCAAAUACGACGGGUACGGGCGGCUCAAAACGACAAGCAAUCGCUCCACGCACUACUUCCGCUACCAGGGCUACUUCAAGGCGGACAAGUACAACGGGUUCGGGACGCUCACGACCAGCGCCUACCAGUACAACGGGGACUUUGUGAACGAUCAAAAGGAGGGCUUCGGCGUGAUCGAGGACAGCCUGAACGGUGUCAAGUACAUCGGCAUGUUUAUGGGCGACAAGAAGCACGGCAACGGCAUACUGGUGACGACGAACGGCACGUACUAUGCGGGCUUCUUCGCCAACGACAUACUGACUCAUUCGGCGGGCGGGCUAGCCAUCUUUCCGAGCGGCAUCUACUACAGGGGCGAGCUGACGAUCGAGGGCCCGUUCGGGAAGGGCGUGUUUUACUAUCCCGAGCGCGAGAUCGAGGCGGACCAGUUUGAGCUGGACGACUCGAACACGAAGAUGGCGGGCCACACGAUGACGGGCAUGUUCGGCGGCACGUGGUCCGGCGUGAAGAUUAGCAGCGCGACGAUGGCGAUGGAACAGACCUUCAACAAGGUGCCGAUGCUGGAUCUUAAAAUCAACGCCGAGCGAAAGUGGUCCUCGAUCUUUGCCUGCUUUCACGAGACGCUGUUCGGGACGAGCGACAUCGUCGCGAUUCGCCGCAUGGACAUCAAGAAGGUGUGGAACCGGGUCGCCAUCUUUGUGAGCCGCGCGAAACGAAAAGAGCAGUUGAAAGCGAACAGCUUUGCCGUCGCCUCGUCGGGCGAGCUGGACGAUCGUGCUGCGGCCCUGAUCUGCCAGGCCGGCUAUCAGCUGCAACACGCAUCGACCGUUUCGUUACGCUCGAGCCUUUCCGAUUCGCGGCUGUCGCUGCAUAAUGGGGCGCAGGGCGCCUCGCCGGGCGGACCAUCGCCCCCGAUCGCGCCGGACGCCAUAUCGGUGCAAAGCUUCUCGUCCGUCGCGUCCCGUGGCGAGGAGGACGAGUUUAUGCUCAACCCCUCGGGGUACGGGGGGCGGGUGCGCAACUCGUCCCCGUUUCGUGAUCUCGACUUCAUUCCCAACUUCUGCAUUGCGGCGGUGGAUCGGGACGGGCUGGAGCUGCUGCGCAACUACCUCACCGAUGCGUUCCAGUGCGCUUACCAUCCGCUGCACGGGCUGUUCGAGAAGCUGUCGAACUGUUUCUACUCCACGUACAGCUGCUGGAAGUACACGCCGCACUCGAUCCUGUGCGAGCCGGCCAUGAACGAGUGGAUCUCGAUCGUGAGCCGGAUCUACACGCUGGUGCUGACGGUUAUGUUUCCCGCCCUGCCGAAGGAUUCCAUCAUGAUUGAAGACGAGCUCGUGUCCUACCAAAGCCUGCUGUACCCGAUACUCAUGACGCAGGGCAUAUACUCGGCCCUGUUCGUGCUGUACGCGAGCAAGUGCAGCAAGAACGAUGAAAUCUACCGCCAGCGGAUAUUAAUAUGCAUGAAAAAGACUGAUGAAAAUUUGAUUCAGCUGCUCGACAUCAAUCGCAAUCUAGUACCUAUUAUCAAGCACGAAAAGUAUCAGCAAGCAAUCGAAAGUUUGAACCGCUUCCGGGAGAAGUGUUGCCCGAGCGAGAUGAUCAAGCAUAUCAACGACGCGUUUACGCUGGUCGACCAGGCGUGCAAGGAGCAAGAAGUGCGGAUGGAUGUGGCGGCGGACAACCUGCUCGAGCUGAUCAUAUGGCUCAUCAUCAAGGCGGACCUGCCGCAGCUCGGCGCCGAAAUCAGCCUGCUCGAGGACCUGAUGCAGAACGACUACGGCGUGAGCUACCGGAACACGCAGAACGACUACUGUCUGAUCACGCUCAAGGCGUCCUAUCAGCACAUCAUUAGCAACAACUUCUUCGUGAACAAAACGUUCGAUCCGACCGGCACCGGAGCGUAAUCAGUCAGUAAAGCCGUCGUAGAAGUUUCGCAUUUCAAAACCCCGUGUUCGUAGCUUUACAGUCAGGCCCAGUGCCAGUUUGAGAGGGUGUUAGAAAGUGUAGUUCUGUUCUGUUAUUCCAAUUUCAAAAAUAUAUAUAUUUAAUUAGCAAACGGUCCUCACCUACGGACGGUAUCGUUUAAAAAAGCA